GUUCCUGUUUCCCCAGCACUCAGCACAUAUCCUGGUGACGGAAAUUGAAGAAAAAGUUUUGCCGCAUGAAGGAGUUUCAGGCUGCCAAACGAGAGGAAAAGCGGCGAUCGUGGCGUGCCUGCGUCGAUAUGCGUCAGUCACCGAGCGCGUUGUCAGUCGAGGUCCGUGGGCGGAGAGGUGCGGUCUGCGUGUGCUGUCGUCCGUGCUUUGUGGAAAAGUGCCGACAUAUGCGUGUUAGAUUGUGAAUUUCAAUUUGGCGCUAAUUUUGGAAGAAAACAAGGUUGCAUUUGUAUUGUGACCAAAUCGUUAUUGUGCUCUGGGCGACGUAAGAAGGUUAUCGUGGUGGAGGAUGAAGCUUAGCAUGAGCAAGACAAGUUCUUCAAUAUUCAAGAAUGCUCAAGAGACAUGCAGACAGGCUUCAUCUGUCAUAUAGUUUUCUUUAUAAGGAAAGCUUUUAUCAUAUUUUCCCCUCACACUUAGGUGAUUUGGCAGGUUAUAGCUGCCAUUAGAACAGCUGAAAACAAUCAUGGCAUCGGAGGCUAGUGUGAAUCAGAAGAAACCAACUCCAAUGUUCAGGAGCUUGAUAUCAUCUCUUAGAUAUGAACACUUAACUGCAGGCAUGGCAGGUGGCAUUGCAUCUACUCUGAUUCUGCACCCUCUAGAUCUCAUCAAAAUCAGAUUUGCAGUGGAUGACGGCGUGAUCCGCUCCCGGCCACACUACAAUGGCAUGCUGAACGCGUUCGGGACCAUCUUCAGCACAGAGGGGGUCCGCGGUCUCUACCGAGGAGUCACACCCAACGUGUGGGGCGCCGGCUCCGCCUGGGGGCUCUACUUCCUGUUCUACGGGUCCAUCAAGUCGUACAUGCAGGACGGCGACUCACAGAGGGACCUGGGCGCCGCGCGGCACAUGCUGGCCGCCUCGGAGGCUGGUGUGCUCACCCUGGUGGUCACGAACCCCAUCUGGGUGGUCAAAACCAGACUCUGCCUUCAGUACACCUCGGACGUGUCCAACCUGCCCGAGAGUAAAAAGUACGGCGGCAUGAUCGACGCGUUCCGCAAAACGUACCAGUACGAGGGCGUGCGCGGUCUGUACAAGGGUUUCAUCCCGGGCGUGUGGGGCGUGUCGCACGGAGCGCUGCAGUUCAUGGUGUAUGAACAGAUGAAGACGGCCUACAACGUGCGCAGGGGACAGGCGAUCGACGCCAAACUGUCGACGUUCGAGUACCUGCAGUUCGCGGCGCUGUCGAAGCUGUUGGCGGCGUUCGUCACCUACCCGUACCAGGUGGUGCGCGCCCGGCUCCAGGACCACCACGUCGAGUACGCCGGCUCCAUGGACGUGAUCCGGCGCAUUCUGAGGGAGGAGGGCUGGCGCGGCUUCUACAAGGGCCUGGCGCCGAACCUGACUCGCGUCGUGCCGGCCACCGCCAUCACGUUCGUCGUCUACGAGACCGUGAGCAGGUGGCUGAAGGCCAGAACUCAGCGGUUGAACACGCCGCCGCCCGACCCUGCGGAGGAGUAGACAAGUCCACCGUCCGCUGUCAGCAUCCACUGUCAACUGGGCUGUGCCGCUUUAUAUGCGCGCCGACCGUCAGUCACCCAUUGUCCGCUCGACUGUGCCGCGCCGGGCGCCCCUGCGCUGGGCCCUCGACUGGUCCGCAGACAACUGGCGCCCCGUGUCCCCGCACCCGGCGGCCGGGAGCAGCGACACUUCCGUGACCUAGUCUUCAACGCCAAGUCGUGUUUGUGAUUUAGUUGUGUUGUUUUCGUGUUGUGCAGUCACCUGGUGACUGGGUCGCGUGUUGAAUGCUCGUUUGUGUCCAGACUGGACCGGUUUGGUGCAAUUGUAUACUGGUACCUACUGACCGACGUUUUUCACUGGACGUGCUUUUUGUUUGUUUUGCAUGUCGUUGAUGCUCAAGUGUCUGAUUUAGCAGGGAGGAUGAACUGAAUAUGUUGAGCUGCUGUGCCUCCGGGGUAAUGGAUUUUCGUCACCCUCUAGCGUGAUCCAAAUCCCCCAGUUGCCUGACAACCAUAGGUGGAGAAUUGUGACCAGCUGGGGGUGCUCGGGCGCAGCAAAUCCGCCGCCGCCUAGCGGUGACCUUGACCCGCGCCGCCCGGCCGCGGCUCCAAAGCCAAGCCGGCGUGGCCGGCGUGGAAUUGGGAGAGCUCGAGCACCCCCAGUCCAGCACAAUUCUCCACCCGUGCUGACAACGAACCUGCCAUGUCGCGGUUCCCAUCAUACAUUACAAACCCUCAUCGCCUAAUCAUCACGUCUCAGGGGUCUCGUCGUAUUCCACUGCCCACCCCGUUACGUACCCAUCAGCUACCCUUACGAAGUCGCGACCGGUUCGACAUCCAGGGACCCUCACACUUUCCCAUGAAUGGCCUAUGGUGUGUGAUUAUGACCUCGUGUGCGCCCGGCAUCCCGCCGUUCUCCGGCCGGCGGCUGGCGGUCUUCCAAGGCACACCCGUCCGUCAAAUGAUGAGGUGAUAACUUGGCAGCGGUGUCCGCUCGUAUUGCGCAAUACAGGCUCGGCCAACA